UGCGUCAGGAAUGCUAACAGCUCCAGCUAGCUUCCCAGCGCCGCUAACGGGGAGAGCGUAGCUGCAGCGCUAAGCUACAAGCUAACGGCUGCCGUGUCUGUCUGUCUCAGGAUGAUAAAGUUCAUGCUGAUGGUGAACCGGCAGGGUCAGACCAGACUGUCCCGGUAUUACCACCCGGUGGAGCUCAGCAGGAGAGCGCUGCUGGAGGCCGACGUGGUCCGCUGCUGCCUGAGCCGCAAGAAAGACCAGUGCUCGUUCGUGGAGUACAAAGACUUUAAACUGGUUUACCGUCAGUACGCCGCUCUGUACAUCGUGGUCGGCGUCACGGACAACGAGAACGAGCUUUCCGUCUACGAGCUGGUUCACAACUUUGUGGAGGUUUUGGACAAAUACUUCAGCCGGGUGAGUGAACUGGACAUCAUGUUCAACUUGGACCGAGUCCACAUAAUCCUGGACGAGAUGAUCCAGAACGGACACGUGGUGGAGACCAACAAGAGCCGCGUCCUGGCGCCGCUCACCGCCCUCGACAAGAUGGCCGACGGUUGAGGCUCUACAGGAAGUGAUGUCACAGACUGACAUCAUCCGGUGGAGAUUUAAGGACUCGACUGUAAACUGACGGGAUUCGAACCGACAACCUUGAGACUCUUAAAGGUGUUGACGUUGUUCCGAUGCCAAUCGAUCAACAAUCAAUACGGACAGAUCAAAGGAGCAGAUAUCCAGAUGUGUUAUCCCCGUUGUUCUCUUCAUUCUAUUUGAAUCAUUAUUGGAGAAUAAAACAUUUUUUUAUUAUAAAAUAAAACUUUAUUUAACCCUUUUGAUGGUCAAAAGUGACCAAAGCAAAUCUUUGUUUUAUAUAUUUACUUUGUUUUUUAUUAGUUAAUAUGUAAUGGAUUCCUAAACUCAGUAGUUUAAACAUCAAACUCGUUUUUAUUUAUUUUGGCAUUAAAAAUUAUAUUUUUGUAUCUCUGCAUGAGUCUCGAUGGAGAACCCCGUUCACAAAUAAAUUUAUUUAAAGCAUUAAUUGUUUUUGUGUUGUCUAAAAGGAUACAUUUGAAACAAGUAUGAUUAUUU